GAUCACUUCCAGAGGUUUAUCCCAUCUGUUGGGGGACACUAUGGAGCUGAUUCCUACAGAUAUUCUCAUAGUGGUGGGAGGAUGGUGAGUGGUGUAACUGUAGGACCAUAUGGAUCCAGUAAACUGCAGUAUCCUCCCCCCCUUCCUCCAAAGCCUGGGAGCAAAGGUGGAGCUGGAGGAACUGGAACUGGCCACAGCGAGGGAUCUGCUGGUGCAAGGGGAGGAGUGGAUGGAGGUGGAAGUGGAAGUGACACCGGUGGUGGAAAAGGUGAAAAUAAAGGUGGGAGUGGGAAACAAGUUCCCCUUUUUAAGACCUACAUUUCUCCAUGGGAAAGAUCUCUAGGCAUUACCCCACAAGAGAAAAGUGAAUUCAGCAUUGAUCUCUUGUCUUAUGCCAACAAAGCAGACCUCUGUCAUUAUAAAUCUUUCAAUAGGACUGCAAUGCCUUAUGGGGGAUAUGAGAAGGCAGCCAAACUGAUGACCUUCCAAAUGCCUGAAUUUGAUGUUGGCCCUUUGGUACCUGAACCUGUUAUUUUGUAUAAUCAAGAAGGCACCAAUCGACCCUCCUUUAACAGGACCCCAGUACCCUGGCUGGGGUCAGGAGAACCAACUGAGUACAACAUUGAGGUGAAUGUACCACCGGCAGGUGAAACAGAAGAAUUAUAGAAACUCCCCUUCCUUUCAUUAAAUUUGCCUAUUUGCAUGUCUGUAAUAAGGAGUUGAACAUGCAGAAGUUUCUCAACUUUGCCCUAAGAACAACCACAUUGUAAUGCAUCUUUGCUGUGGUAUUGAUCCAUAUUGGAGUUUGAAGAAAACAAAGCACUAAAAUAGCAAGGGAGGGACAAAGAGGGAGAGAGAGGGGGGAGAGAGAGAGAGAGAGAAAGAGCUUUUUUAUUUGCACUCCAAAGCACAA